GAAGGGGGUGGGGCCGCGGACCGGAGGGGCCCGAGCGGCAGCUGCCGAGCCCUAGCCGGAGCUGGGCGAGGGCGGCUGCGGUCCCGGCGGCGGCGGCGGCGGCGGCGGGAGAAGAUGGUGGUGCUGGAGGUAGGAGCGGCUGGAGCGGAGCUUUAUUCCCAGGCUUGGCACCAGCGCUGUCAUUAGCGCCGCUUGCUCCCGCGGGCCCGCGGACCCAGCUGUCAGGCAAGACGGGUGGAGCAAAAUGAGAGCGCAGUGAGCCGGCCCACCCUCUCCCCCAGCCGGCCCGACGCCCACCAUGAACCCCUUGGAGGGCUCCACGGAGGUGGAGGUGACCGACGAGGCGCCAGGCGGGGAGGUGAACGAGUCGGUGGAGGCUGACCUGGAGCACCCCGACGUGGAGGAGGAGCAGCCGCAGCCGCCGCAGCAGCCGCAGCGCUAUGCCGGCCGCCCAGGGCGCGGGCGCGCCAUCGAGGACCACCGCGUGCCGCCGGGGCAGCAGGAAGAGGAGGAGCGCGGGGAGUGCCUGGCGCGCUCGGCCAGCACGGAGAGCGGCUUCCACAACCACACGGACACGGCCGAGGGCGACGUAAUAGCCGCGGCCCGCGACGGCUACAACGCGGAGCGUGCGCAGGACGCUGAGGACGAGAGCGCCUACGCUGUGCAGUACCGGCCCGAGGCGGAGGAGUACACGGAGCAGGCGGAGGCCGAGCACGCCGAAGCCACGCACCGCCGCGCGCUGCCCAACCACCUGCACUUCCACUCGCUGGAGCACGAGGAGGCGAUGAACGCGGCCUACUCCGGCUACGUGUACACGCACCGGCUGUUCCACCGCGGCGAGGACGAGCCCUACGCCGAGCCCUACGCUGACUAUGGGGGCCUCCAGGAGCACGUGUACGAGGAGAUCGGGGACGCGCCCGAGCUGGAGGCGCGCGACGGGCUGCGGCUGUAUGAGCAGGAGCGCGACGAGGCCGCGGCGUACCGCCAGGAGGCCCUGGGCGCACGGCUGCACCACUAUGACGAGCGCUCGGACGGUGAGUCUGAUAGCCCAGAGAAGGAGGCCGAGUUCGCGCCCUACCCGCGCAUGGACAGCUAUGAGCAGGAGGAGGACAUCGACCAGAUCGUGGCCGAGGUCAAGCAGAGCAUGAGCUCGCAGAGCCUGGACAAGGAGACUGAGGACAUGCCGGAGGCCGAGCAGGAUCUGGAGCGCGCCCCCACCCCCAGCGGGGGCCGUCCCGACAGCCCCGGGCAGCAGGCGCCGGCUGGGCAGCAGCGGGCGGCGGGCACCCCAGGAGGCGACGCGGGGCAGCGGUACAGCAAGGAGAAAAGGGAUGCCAUCUCACUGGCCAUCAAGGACAUCAAAGAGGCCAUCGAGGAGGUGAAAACCAGGACCAUCCGUUCGCCUUACACCCCCGACGAGCCCAAAGAGCCCAUCUGGGUCAUGCGCCAGGACAUUAGCCCCACCAGGGAUUGUGACGACCAGAGGCCGGUGGAUGGAGAUUCUCCGUCUCCUGGCAGCUCCUCCCCGCUGGGCGCGGAAUCUUCGAGCACACCCCUCCACCCCGGGGACCCCGCGGAGGCCUCCUCGAAUAAAGAGUCAAGAAAAAGCUUGGCUUCAUUCCCCACCUACGUCGAAGUUCCCGGACCCUGUGACCCUGAGGACUUGAUCGAUGGGAUCAUUUUUGCUGCCAAUUACCUGGGCUCCACCCAGCUGCUGUCAGACAAAACUCCCUCCAAAAACGUGCGCAUGAUGCAGGCCCAGGAAGCCGUGAGCAGGAUCAAGAUGGCCCAGAAAUUAGCCAAAAGCAGAAAGAAGGCUCCCGAAGGUGAAUCUCAGCCAAUGACCGAGGUGGAUCUCUUCAUUUCUACCCAGAGAAUCAAAGUAUUGAAUGCCGACACACAGGAGACCAUGAUGGACCACCCUCUGAGGACCAUUUCCUAUAUAGCAGACAUCGGGAACAUCGUCGUACUGAUGGCCCGCAGGCGGAUGCCCCGCUCCAACUCCCAGGAGAACGUGGAAGCCUCCCACCCCUCCCAGGAUGGAAAAAGGCAGUACAAGAUGAUCUGCCACGUCUUUGAGUCUGAGGAUGCCCAGCUGAUCGCACAGUCCAUCGGGCAGGCAUUCAGCGUGGCAUACCAGGAAUUCCUCAGGGCCAACGGCAUCAACCCUGAGGAUCUCAGCCAGAAGGAGUAUAGUGACCUGCUCAACACCCAGGACAUGUACAACGAUGACCUGAUCCACUUCUCCAAGUCGGAAAACUGCAAAGAUGUCUUCAUAGAGAAGCAGAAGGGAGAAAUCCUAGGUGUGGUGAUCGUGGAAUCUGGCUGGGGGUCCAUCUUGCCAACCGUGAUCAUAGCCAACAUGAUGCACGGAGGGCCCGCCGAGAAAUCGGGGAAGCUGAACAUCGGGGACCAGAUCAUGUCCAUAAACGGCACCAGCCUGGUGGGCUUGCCUCUGUCCACCUGCCAGAGCAUCAUUAAGGGCCUGAAGAACCAGCCCCGGGUGAAGCUGAACAUCGUCAGGUGUCCCCCAGUGACCACCGUGUUGAUCAGGAGACCGGACCUGCGCUACCAGCUGGGCUUCAGUGUCCAGAACGGAAUCAUCUGCAGCCUCAUGCGAGGGGGGAUAGCAGAGAGAGGCGGCGUCCGCGUGGGACACCGGAUCAUUGAGAUCAACGGGCAGAGUGUGGUGGCCACCCCGCACGAGAAGAUCGUCCACAUCCUCUCCAAUGCGGUGGGGGAGAUUCACAUGAAGACGAUGCCCGCGGCCAUGUACAGACUGCUGACGGCCCAGGAGCAGCCCGUGUACAUCUGAGGCCGCGCGGCGCCCGGCGGCUUGCAUGGAGGCCUGUCCUCACUCGUGGUGUGUUUCUCGUGCUGCAUCUGUGUGCCCACUGAGACCUUUCCCUCUCGCGCCCAGCACCAGUCCUACACAGGAAGAGAAGAAUCCGCAGACCUCUUUGCUCUGUCUCUUUCCAGGUUGCAAUUUUGUUUUGUUUUGUUUUAACGCCAGGGAAGUUUGGUAGGCACUCCCUUGAGGAUGGAGAGCAGCAGGCUACCCACCGGGUAUCUGCCCAGCCCGGGAGCAUCCUGAAGGGCCCGAGGGGAUCCCCUGGGGGGCCGUCCCUGCCGGAGAGGACCCGGCCUCGGAGGAGGCGCUCGUCGGGGCCGUGAAGGCGCUGACGCAGCCGGGCCUACCAUCGGUCCAUGCGGGAACGGGAACGUGGGACAACAGCAGGGGCCAGCUGCGCCCUUAAGGAUGUGCCCUGCCCACCGUGGACUUGGGGAGCCACGCAUCCCCGCCCAGAAUUUCUGAGCCAACCUUAUACCUCUUCUGUAGCUACCUUUAGUUUCAACAUCAUUGUGUUUUUAACGUGAGCCUUCUCACCCAAGGGUCGAAGGGGAGCCGCCUGGGACCAGGGCACCAUCUCGUUGCAGGGAGCUCAGCGGUUCCUGGGGCGGCCUCAGCCUCCCUGGGUCGUCCCAAGGUGACCAACCAUCAGACACACAUGGGCAGGUCCUCCCUUCCCCUUCUCUGCCGCACAUGUACGUAUGGAAACAGUCUCUCUUGUGUCUGUAGAUCACCCUUGCCUCCUUCCACCACCAGUGAGGCACACAGAGCCCCUGGGAAGCCCACAUCCCCUCUCGGUGAGACCCCUUCCCUGGGCCAGUGGGGCCUGCAGGGGCUGCCCAGCCCCAUCCUGGGAGAGAUGCCCCCUCCGGGGCUGAGGUCUGGCUCUGCCGGCACUACCUUGGCUCAGAGAGUGCUAGUGGGCUUCCUCUGCUCCUCCACCCCGCACACACGCAGGGGGUCUGCAAAGGAUGGGCCGCUCCCCUUGAGGAAGAGGGCACAGGUGCCCAAGGCAGGACCAACUUUCUCCUCUGCUCAGGGCCACCGAGGCAGGACGUGACCUUUGAAAGGCCGGAGUAGUUAUAAACCACAAAACUAAAGGGAUGGGAAUGACCUCACACUAUGCCUAAGAAUCCCCAAGCAUGUUCUAGAAACAUCAUCUCGCCACCUCGUGGGUCUGGGAGAGCUUUGAGUGUUCCCAUCAGGUGCCUCAUUUCGUGGGUCCUGCCUCAGUUCAGAGCAGGUGUUUUCGUAAUAUUAUUCUGAGCCAGUUUUCACUUCUUCUUGGUCCAAAGAGCCUUUUGUUUUCAUGUAGGUGGGUGUGGGUCGCUUUGGUUUCUGUUUUGUUUCGUUCAUGAUCUCCACAGAGACAGGGGAAAAGAAACUAAUAUAUUUUGUGAUAUUAAUAGAGUCCCUGUUUUCUGCACUGGGGAUAUUUAUGUUGUGUCUGUGGAAAUAGGAAUUUGGUGAGCACAUGUUGGCUAGUCUGUAUUUAUAUGUCGAAUGGAGGGAUUUCAGGGAGGGAGGAAAGGAAGUAAAAAGCAACAAAAGACCGCCACCCGAGCGCCGAGCGGGCAGUUCCCCUGGGAUUUCUGUACCACCUGUUUUCUCUUGAGAGUCAGGAAAGCCAAAUGUUCCAAAACCAUCAGUGGCUGACCCUCAGUUUGACUAGAAUACAGGCCCUAAGGAAGACGGGUCGCUGCUGCCCAAACGUCCUCUCUGCGAAAGGGCUGCCCUCCAGGGGCGCCGGGGUGAACAGUCCAGGACCCCUGGACUUCUGAGGAUGCUCAGCCCCAUGGCUGGCCCCCCACACCUGUGAGCAGCCAGAAUCAUGGCUCCAGGUUCUCAGUUUACCAAACAGUAGGGUGUCUGAUAAUAUAUUAAAUACUGAAGAGUCAUGCAUUGGUCCUUCCUCUUCCAAAAAGAGUGGGUAAAACAGGAACAAAGCGUCCUUGGUGGUAUUCUAGGCAUCAGGAGCCUUGGCAAAUCACGGGAGGGGCUCAGGCCUGUCUGCUGUCCGCUGCCCGCGCACCUGGGCAGAGGCCUGUCCACGAUGGGCCGGCAGAUGGGAGCUCCGCUGGCCCAGCCCUGUGCACCUCCCCGUAAUUACAAUGAAGUAUCUUCCCCCAAAGGAGAGGGGAGAGACACAAAAAUCGUGGCAUGUUUGGCAAGUGCCGGAAAAGCCAAUCUGGUGAGGUCUCCUGGAAGACCAACACAUUUUAGCCUGAGUAAAGCUUAUCCACCUCACACCUUCUGUCCGUAAAAGUGGGUCCUUACACCCAGACAGCACAUGUUCCUAGAGCUCGGUACGGGUUUGCCUGGCUGGAGUCCGUUCUUUUCCCUGCUCCUGUCGGAUGGAGGGGGCUAACCCACCUUUGGUCAACCACAGAGGCAGGAUCCUAAGUUCUGGAAAGUCCCGUGGGACGGGGUGGUCUCUUGCCCCUCCGGCAUCCCCAUAUAGUUACAUAUGUAAAUAUCUGAAUACCCCCUUCUGGCGGGGAAGCCUAUGUACAGAGCAGCCUUCCCCAACAGGGACCGGGCCAAAAGCCACUCUUGCUGCUUGGCUGGGACAUGCUGGUGACUCAGCUUUGGGGACAGAUUUCUCAGACGCGUCUACCCCUCCUGGUCCGGCCAGGGUGCCCCAGAACGCACCCUGUCUCUGCCUUCUCACCUGGGAGCAUUAUCAGGGAGUCACCGUCAGCCUUGGGUUCAUGAGAGGAGGAAAGCCCCAGAGACCAAGACCGGGAGUCCGCUCCCUCAGCAGAGCAGGCCCCGCAGGGCCCCGAGCCUCUGCACGCAGGUCUGCCGUCUGGACGUUCGUUGCCCAUCCACACCGGCCUCAGAGAGUCCCAGAGUAACCUACUACCUCCCCCAUCGCUCCCGCCACCCCCAAGGCCCCUGUUCACACUCAACACCCCCAUCUGCACGCUGAGGAAACCCAUCCACGAGCCCUUCUCGGGUCUCUCGACCCAGUGGUGUGGCUGUUACCACUGUUUACAACCAAGGGCCACCUCCUUCCAGAUAUGUUUACUCUCCCACUGACAAGGCCGCCGGCUGGUUUGAGUUUCACGUCUGUCUGCUCCUUCCCUGGUUUGGGCCAACUGGGGCACACGACCCGAUUCCUUGCCCCCCUCCGUCAAGGCAGUGCGUGAGGACCACGUGGGAAGGAAAUUUCUUGUACAUAUUCAGCACAGCCCUUAGAGUAUGAACUUGUACUAUUGUUCUGUAAAGAGGGUGAAAUAGAACUUAUUGUAAAGCUGGGACAAGUAGAGUAUUGUAUUUGUAACAAUAUCGUUCUUUGUAUACACAAAACUCGAUCUCUAUAUAUAAAUAUAAAUUAUAUAAAUAAAAUAUAUAUACACGUGAGCCUGGAAUGUUGGCACCGCACACCCACUGAAUGUACUGCGUCCACCAGCGUGGUCCCCGGCCCGCCCGCCCCUCCUCUGUACCGUGUUGGGGGUUGUGACGUAUGCAGUGUGUUCCCCUCCUUUAUUUAACUAAACGCUAAUGUCUGUAAGAGUUGCUGCAACAAUAAAGACAAACUUCACCUCUUG